CGCCGUCAAUCAACUUUUUGCAUAUCUCAGUCGAAGUUCUCCGUUACAAAAAAGCCCAAGUUUGCUUGUAAAACAAAAGAAAUACGAAGUAGUGUAAUAAAAUCAAAAUAAAUUGAAAGCAAAAAAUCCUUAGUACACACACCGACGGCGGCCGCUGUCACUGUUUGUGUGAGUGUGUGCGUGUGUGUGAGUGUGCAGCAGCGGUUUGUGAGGCCCGCGCAUGCGCCAACUCCCACAACCGUGGUUGAGUGUUGAGUCGGGUUUCUGUGCAUUAAUUGCUUUUCCGCUUUUCCGCUGCGGAGACUCCAUCGAAAUCAUUUGAAGCUGCCAGGCGAUACGAUCAGAGCAGGCGCCUGCCAAGGCGGGUACCAUGUAGAUCCCAGAACUAGCAGCGAGUAGAAGUCAGAGUGGAAUCAUGGUGGAAUCGUCGAGCCUGGGUCGGACCCCUCCGUCCGUCCAGCAGCCCAUUCCGCAACAGAACUCGCCCUCGCCCUCCGGGCUGCGGUGUGGCAACAUGGAAACGCGGGUGCGCGGAGCCUGGUAUCGGGUCCUAGUCACCCUCGAAACGGACUUCCUGGCCGUCAGCCUGGACGAGUCGUGUGAGGCGGCGCAGCAGUCCAACGAUGGACAAUCGACCACGCUGAAUGGCACCUUGGGAAGUAAUCACAGUGGUGGAGGUGGAGGACCAGGUGGCGGAGGAGGCCCUGGUCAGAAUGGCACCCUGCCCAGCUCCGCCUCCCUGCAGGGCAUGAACAUCCAGGACACCGAAGUAGAUGGCUCGACCAACAACGACAACGGAGAUCGGGAGCGGGAGCGGGAUCUCUGCCUGAACAACAACAACAAUGCCGGCGACGGGGGCGGCAUGGAUUUGUGCGACGUACCUGACCAUGUGGCCAAUCAAAAGCGCCAUGUGCGCAUCAUCAAGUCGGACAACAACGGCCUGGGCAUAUCCAUCAAGGGUGGCCGCGAGAACCGCAUGCCCAUCCUCAUCUCGAAGAUAUUUCGGGGCAUGGCCGCCGAUCAGGCCAAGGGCCUCUACGUGGGCGACGCCAUCCUGACCGUCAACGGAGAGGAGCUGCGCGACGCCACCCACGACGAGGCGGUGCGCGCCCUCAAGCGCUCCGGUCGCGUGGUGGAUCUGGAAGUUAAAUUCCUACGCGAAGUGACGCCCUACUUUCGGAAGGCGAGCAUCAUCUCGGAGGUCGGAUGGGAGCUGCAGCGCGCCUUCCUCUGCCCGCUGGGACCGGGCGUGCCCACCUCCCCGCCCGCACCAAAGACAACGCCGCGCGCGGACACGCGCUACAUCCCCCUACAACUGACGCAUCUGGCCAGGAAUCUCAAGUACAUCGAUCCGGAGAACCGCUGCUUCGAGCUCCACUCGCCGGACGGAGUGCACUCGUGCAUUCUGCGUGCGGCGGAUUCUGCGGAGGCUCUGGUCUGGUUCAAUGCACUGCACUCGGCGAUGGGCAGCAGCACGCAACGGGCCCUGGCCGAGGCCAAUCGGGCGCUGACCAAUCUCAUCGGCGAACUGAAGCACAUCGGCUGGCUGAGCAAGCGCCUGAACGGAGGCAGCUCGGGCAGUGCCGGAGGCGGCGGAGGGAGUGGCAGUGGGGCAGCCAGCGGCGGCAGCGGCACCUCCAACAGCGGAGUGGCCGGCGAGCUGGUAAGUCCCAGCGGUCGUUCCAGCUCCGAGAGUUCGGAUGAAAGUGACAAGUGGCUGCCCAUAUUUGUGGCCGUGACAGAGCGGGAGUUUCGGAUAUACGAGAGUGCCCCUUGGUCCGUGGAGGCCUGGAGUCGUCCCCUCGAGAUCUAUGCCUUGGCCACAACGCGUCUCGCCGGAGCCGGGAACAAUUCUUCGCUGAAUGGCCAACAGACAACGGUGUUUUGUGUGCGCUGCGGCACCGCUCGGGGAGUGCUCGUCUAUUGGCUGCGAUCGGAGACGCAUCGCGACAUGGCCGCCUGGGCCCGGGCCUUGGUGCAGGGCUCCCACCAGGCUGUCAACUAUCAGAGGGAGUUCUCCUUUCGCUGCCUCUACCAGGGCCGCCAGUGUCAAUUGGUUGUGCACAUCAAUCGUGGCUUUUUCCUGUACGAUUGCGGGGGCUUUGCCCCCACAACGCCAACGGCGGCGGUGGCCGCCACCAAAACACAGCUCUGGCAGUUUGCCUUCGACAAGCUAAAGGGCUCGGCGGAUGAUGGCGCGCGGAUGUUGUAUCUGGAUUUCGGUGAUGAUGGAGAGAUUGAACUGGACAUGGAGUGCUGCCCCAAGCCGGUUGUCUUUGUCGUGCACAAUUGUCUGUCUGCCAAGGUUCAUAAUAUUGCCUAGAAUGCGGCUCAAUUGGAUGGAUCUAAUCUACAUAUGAUAUAAAUGUUGAUAUUUUAGGUGUAAUGGAACUUUGUUACAAUUUUCGACUCUAUUUUGAUCGUGUACAUUUGUUAACCUACAUAUCUUCAAAUGUUUAAGAUUCUUCAAGCUGUCCUACUCUAAGGUCCUCAUUAAUUUGUGUUAAUAACGUUUCACUCUUUGUAGGCGUGUAAAAGAUUGCAAUAUUUUGUUAACUCUGUCAAUUAGGUAAGAUUAUGAAAAAGAGAGCGUUCGAGGGGAGAGAUGAAAGUUAUUAUAUAUUUAGGGUUUUUUUUUCGCAGAAAUUUCUAUAAAAUUGUAACUUCUAUUAUGCCUAAAAUAGAAACCAUUAUAGAAAUUAUAGAGUCCUUCCAGCAAACGACUUAGUUAAUUAGUAGGGAAAGGGAAGUAAGGAAAAGGACAGAGGUAUGCAGUUGAGCAUUUUGUGCUUCCUGAUGGCUAUGGGAAUGGAAUAGAUUAGUUUGGUAGGUACGUACAUAUAGCAGGCGAGAAGGCGAAUGUAACACAAAGUAGAUUUUUUUGAAAAAAUAAACGAAAAACCAAUGCAAAUACCGAGAAGCACAAACC